AAUAGUUUACUAACUUCACUUUGAAUUAUCAACAUUUUUAUCUUUAUAAAAAAUCUUCAAAAUUACAUCAAAACAUUAGAUACAUGGUUAUGUAAUUUUUCUUCCUCGUUUAACAUUUUUUUGUUUGAAUAGUUUCCAUCUCGCUGUCUCUUCUUCUAGACCCCAACCAUCAUUCCAGAAAUGACAGGUGAAAGUCAAGAAGCUCUCUAGUCUCUUUCUCUCUCUCCAAGACAAUUAACACCAAAGCCUAAAGUUGUGUUUAUUAGUUCUCUUUUCCUAUGCUUUCAUCAGCAAAGCAUCAAAGAAAGCAUAGAGUCUCUGCUCCAAACAAGAACAAGAUUCUCAACAAAGUUCCUUCCAUUUCAUCCUCAUCAUCUCCUUCACACUCCCAAGUCCAGAAGAGAUCUCUAAUCACCAUGGAAGAAGUUUGGAAAGACAUCAACCUCGCUUCCAUCCACCACCUUAACCACCACAGCCAACAUCCACAACACAACCAUGAGCCAAGGUUCAGGAGCCAUAACCACCAAAACCAAAACCCUAACUCCAUCUUCCAAGAUUUUCUCAACAGACCUUUGAACCUGGAACCAACCAUACCCACAAGCCUCAGUGGCGAUGCCACCACCGGCACUGCUCUCUUCGGCAGCUCUCCUUUGGCACCUCCUGCAACUGUUCUGAGCUUGAAUUCCAGUGCCUGCUUCGAGUUUCUUGAUAACCAAGAUCCUCUUGUUACCUCUAACUCCAAUCUGCAUAGCCACAAUCACCUCACAAACGUUCGUUCGGCGGGCACCCCUUUUGAGGCUCUGGUUACAUCCACUUGUUUUGGUAAGAAAAGAGGCCAAGAGUCUAAUGAAGGUUCAGGGAAUAGACAUCAUAAGCGUAUGAUCAAGAACAGAGAAUCUGCUGCUCGUUCAAGAGCGAGGAAACAGGCUUAUACAGACGAGUUAGAGCUUAAAGUUGCUCACCUGAAAGCAGAAAAUGCAAGACUAAAGAGACAACAAGAUCAGUUAAAAAUGGCGGCAGCAAAUCAGCAACCCAAAAAGAACACACUUCAAAGGUCUUCCUCAGCUCUAUUUUGAGAAAUCUACAAGUCCUUUCUCUUUUGGGGAUUGAGAGUCUUUCAUGAAGAAGUGAAAAAAUAGAAAAGUUUGUACCUCUUUUUAUUAGCUAUAAGUAUCAGUAAGCUAGAUUUGUAAACCUAAGAUAUUGCAGGGUAAAUAAGUUGGUAAAAAAAAAGAAAGAAAAAACAGAAAGAGGAAAGGAUCUUUCUAUCUCCUAAGGCAUAGGAACAAGUUGAUCAAAAAAAAAAAAGGCAUAGGAACACCUGUCUGGGGCCUCUCUCUUGUUCUGUCAUUUUCUCAUGUACUAACUUGUAUUUUUGUAGUAAUGCUAUUUCCUCUUCUAAUGUUAGUUUUGUUAUAAAAAAAACUAGAAUUUUAUUGUAUCGAAGAAAUUUAAAUAAGGGCAAAAUUUUAUACCCGUAUGAGAAGAUAACACUGAUAGCAAGAGAGGAUGUGUUAUUAGAAGAAGAAGGAAUGGUGUGAUUACAAUCGAUCGAAACGAUCGUUUAUAUAGAAGAGAAAUUCACUGUGCAAAUAGUGCAGCGGGCCCCAUAUCUUUUAUAUUUUUCAACGUUUGCGGCUAAUCUUUCAUAACACUCCCCCUUGGGGACCGGUGUCACCAUCCACUCUCGCUUAACGUCUAUGUUGCCUCGUUAAAAACCUUUCUAGGAAAACCCAAUGGGAAAAAC